AUGGUGUUGGAUGCGACUCCUACGAAAGACAACUUGCCUACAAGUUAUUAUGAUGCAAAGAGGUUGGUGUUGAAGUUGGGUUUAAAAGUACGAAAGUUUGAUUGUUGCAUGAAUGGAUGCAUGUUGUUUUAUGACAAUGAGUUUGGUGUUAAUGAUGAGGCGCUGGAGGAAUAUAAGUUUUGUAAGAGUCUGAAAUAUCUAGUUUGUAGUAAAGCCAUUAACCGUAAACAAGAACGUGUAUCAAUGAAGUCCAUGUUUUAUUCGCCGAUAAUACCAAGGUUAAAAAGAUUGUUUGCUUCAAUGCACAGUGUAAGUGAAAUGGCAUGGCAUCAUACAAACAUAACAAGUUCAGACAUUAUGCGACAUCCAUCUGAUGGUGAGGUAUGGAAACAUUUGUAUAAGGUACAUUCUGAUUUUGCUGCAGACCCUAGAAGUGUCAGGCUUGGACUAUGCUCUAAUGGUUUUACUUCAUAUGUCCAAGCAUCCGCAAUUGCAUAUUCCUGUUGGCUAGUUAUUGUAACCCUUUACAACCUCCCUCCAGAGAUGUGCAUAACAAAACCAUGCAUGUUUUUAACUUGCCUCAUUCCAGGACCAUCAAGUCCUAAAGCCGGAAUCGAUGUUUAUUUACAACCUUUUAUAGAUGAUUUUAAGAGGUUGUGGAUUGGAGAAUGGACUUAUGAUAUAUCUCGCAAACAAAACUUUACUUUGCGAGCUGCCUUGAUGUGGACUAUUAAUGACUUUCCCGCUUAUAGAAUGUUAUUUGGUUGGGGUACGCAUGGUAAAAUGGGAUGUCCAUAUUGCAUGGAAUUUACAAAGGCUUUUACUUUGGAAUUUGGGGGGAAAAGUUCGAGGUUCGUCUGUCACCGCAGAUUCCUACCACGAGACCAUGUCUUUAGAAGAAACAAGACUGAUUUCAAAAAAGAUGUACGAGUAAAAGAUUUGCCUCCUCCCCGAUUGUCACCAUAG